AAUCGAGCGGCAAUGUUUUCCCGAAGGACGUCCAAACCAAAGCACUCAGUGGAUCUGAGUUUUCUGAACUGCGAGGAAAUGAGUGCGAUCCUAAAAGUGCUGGAGCGGGAUAAGGAGGUUCAGAGGAUAAAUAACGAGAGGUUGAAGGAAAUCAAGAAGGCAAGUCAAGACAAAUCAUGGUUGAAAGGUGUCACAGGUCAAUGGUUUGAAGAAAUUAGGAAAGCAAAAUUUAAAGAUCAGACCGACUUAACCAGGAUACUUAAAGUGCCCCAUACCUGGAGUUUGAGGAAGAAAAACAGGACAGCUUUAAGUGACUUGAAGCUUCCACCAUCAAAAAGCUGUCGGCAAAGCAAAAAUCAUAUAGAGUUUUCAGGUGAUUCCAGGGGAGAAGACAGUCUCGAUCCUGUUUCUAGGCCCACUGCUUUUUCUGAAUCUGCAAACCAAAACACAGAGUCUUAUUCAGAACAAAUCCAAUGCAGUAACUACAAUUCAUUGCAAUUGGAAUCAUCAAACAUGUUUCCGCAACUCCAGGUACAAUUGAAGACAGCGGUAGUCCCCCAAGUUGAAAGAAAAAUACAUGUGUAUCGUGACUUUGGUAAACAAAUACAUUCUGAACUCCUAAGUCAAGACUUAGAAACAAAGACCAUCAGUGUUGUAGUGGAUGAACAUAAAAAGAUCUUGGGAACUGAAGAUUUAAGUAAUUCCGAGUUACAAAGAAACAUCACAAAUGAAGAAGGUGCUAAAAGUUAUAACCGUCUAGCAAAACAAUACAGAAAUGAAAAUGAAACCAACGCUGUGCUGAAUUCUUCUGAGUUAAGUGAAAAUGCUGAACUACAGUCACUGCCAGUUUGGUGCAGCAUUGGAAAUGUGAGACAGACUCCUUCAACGAGAAACCUUCAUGCUGUUCAACGGCAAGGAAAUGUUUAUGCUUCUGUUGAAACAGGUCAAUACAAAACUGACAAUGCAAUAUCACCAAAUUCAGCAUCUGGCCCUUGGUCUUCCGUUACUGAGCCUAAAAAGAUGUUUGAAAAUCAUCCAAUAAACUGUACUGAUGACAUUCUGAGAACAAAUACUGAUGGUUGUUUGUCGAACAGUAAGCAUGAAACCGCAAGAACAUCAUUACUGGACCUACAAACCAAAUCUCUUUCAGUUGUUUCCAACAGCAACAGAAAUGGUCAACAAAGCUACUCGUCAAACAAUAUUUGUGUCCCUUCACAAAGAGACGAAAGUUAUUCACAAAGCAACAGUGAGCCUUCAUCAUUAAGCUCAAUUACAGGCCCAAGUCUUAACAUUGGCAACAGAGAUGUGCUACAACAGAAUUUGUCAAAUAGUUCACUCAACAUUUCACAAAAAAAUGACACAGCUGCUUACUUAAAUGACAGCAAAUCAAAAUCCAUCCCUCCAAUUUCAUCAUCUGUUCCAGCACAUACGUCACACACUCCUCUGUUUACCAUAUAUACUGAUAGCAGGCGGAAUAUUCAUUCACAAAGCUGUAAUAACACCAUUUUCCAAAGAGGCAGUAGCAACGAUUCUUUGCAAACCAGUAAACAUAAACCCAUUAGUUCACUUUCCCUGUCAGAACCAGUGUAUCAACCAAGGGCUAGUUCAUUUAUCACAAUGAGCAGCAAAAAUAGGUGGCAAUAUUCUGGGACAGACAACAUUAACAUUGCUACACAAAGUACAUGUAAUGAUGAUCAUUUACAAAGCAGUUGGGACGGAAGAGAAAGAACCACUUUGUUUACAUACAUAGAGGGUGAAAAAUCUUCAAAUAAUCUCAGAUUGAGCGAAACUAGAAUGGAACCUGUCACAUUAAGAGAUGCUGAUGGCCCUUUGCCAGAAAGCGAAAAUAAUAGUUGGAAAUACAAUUGUGAAAAUGAUGGAAAAAGCACAUCUUCAUUAGCAACUGAGCUGAUUUGUUCACAGCUUCCUACACAUGUAAAUACAUGCAUAGACAGUAAUGUGUUACAGACAAAUAGAACCAGUGCUGCCUUGAAAUCAGGUGGUAACAAUUGCUUACAAAAAAUUAAACGUGAAACAGGUCACGAACUUGCAGUAGAUCCAAAACCUGUACCAAAAUGUGUAACAAAUAUAAUUCAUUACAACAGUGCAUUACUGAGCGACCAUUUAAAAACUGAUGAUGUCUCCUUUGAAAGUGUGAGUAAUGAUUCUUUACAAAAUGGUGAAUCAGAAACAAGUUAUGCAGUAGAAACAGCUAUAACACAAUCUCCAAACAAUGCUUACAAAAUAUUUGCUUCCCAAAGUCUGUCAUCAACCAGCAACGCCCUUAAUUUGGAUAUAAAUUCUAAACAAAACUGCAGACAGGCAAUUGGCAUAAAACCGUCAACAGAUCAAGUGCUCAGCUAUAAGUUUCCUAUAUGUCCCAGCUACAAAUACCAUUUACUGAAUGAUUCAACCAAAAGUACUGACAUAACAUCGGACAGAACAGGUAAUGAGCAUAAAUCUGAUCCAAACUGUGCACUUCCAUUAUCAGAUUCAAAAGAAGCAUCUCCUUCAGAUACCAAAAAUAACAUGAAAAAUACUUUACAGAAUUGGCCAGUUCACACAAUCAGUAACAAUUUGCCUGAAAUACAUAGUGUUCAUGAUGCUCAAAAUUAUAAAUCUGAAAAGACAAGUACACCGUCAUCAGUUGUAUUUAAACAAUGUUUGUCUACAAAUACCAACAAAGGCAAGUCAUCAAAAAAUUACCCAAACCGUAGAAACAACAAAAAGGCACAGAAAAACAUAUCUGAAACAGUAAAUGAAAAACAGUCUUCUACAAAUAUCACAUCCCAUUUGAACCAAAAUACUUUAUUGACAUAUUCCUCCCUUAACAGAGGCAAUGAAUAUUUGCCAAUGGAUAAAUCUGACACCAACAGUAAACUUUCAGCACAAGAUUCACUGAGCGGCCAAAAGCCUCUGACAAAUUUCAGAGACAGCCAAGAUAAAUCAUUGCCUUAUUUCCCACUCAGUGGGAAAACCACCAUGAAUCCAGGAACUAUUAACAAUGCAGAAAAUUACCAAUCUGAAGAAAAUAUUCCAAUUUCACCACAUGAUGCAAUGAGUUACCAGCAGUCCCUUACAAAUUCUCAUCGUAAUAUGGACAAGUUACUGAUUCAUUCCCCAGUGAAGCCUGGUGUUAUCAAGAAUUUAGAAAAUGACCAAACUGAAAACUACAAAGUUGUUUUAUUGUUAGACACAGCAACUGACUUGAAGACUCCUUCAGAUAUUAUAUAUGAUACAAAAAGUACAUUUCAAAAUUGGGAGCAAAAUGGUGCUGACACCACUAUGCGAGGAAUUACUAAAGAUUACAAAGAACCGGAUAUACCUAAGAUAGAUAUUGCCCUUUCUGUAUUGGAUCCAGUUUUUAACCAGUUGUCGCUUAUAGAUAACACACAUUGCAAUGAUCACAAACCGCUGUGUCAUUCUCUAAGCAGUGCCAAUGUCACAUGGAAGAGGAAACAUCUUGGCUGUUCGAAAAAUUGUGAAUCUGAAACCCACUCUACAGUUGUGUCAAAUAAAGGGACUCAUCAACUGUCUCCCAUAAAUACCACGUACAACAAAGAUAAGCAACUGAAUUAUUUGCCCGACAGUGCUGAAAUAAAAAGAGAAGUUAAAGGUCUUGCAGAGCAGGAUGAAACAAAAGCUACUAAUCCACCUUCAUCCCUGGGUCCAGUAAUUAGGCAACCAUCCCCUGUAAAUAUCACACACAAAAAUAGAUACGAGUCACCGAAUUGCUCAUUCAACAAUUCUCCAUUGAUUGUGGAUACUGAAAUAAACAAGCAUUUGCAAAAGGACGACCCAGAAAUCAGUGGUGUAGAUCCUUCAGCAGAUUCACUGCACAGUACUGCUGUUGAAUACUUGCAAGAAUCUCCUACAGCAAUCACCGAAAAAAGGAAAAAUGGACUUCAGAAAUAUUCAAGCAUAACUGAUAUCUGCUGUGAUGAAGGGCCCUGUGAUCAAUACAAAUCUAAAUGUUUGGGUAAAACAAAUAAUGCAUUCUCAUCAUUACCUGGAAUGACCAGUCCGUGGCUGUCUUCAAGUAUCAUACAUAACAACCAAAACAAACCAUUGAUUCAUUCUUUACUCAGCAGUGACAUCUAUGUGGACAGAGAAGGCAAUCAGUUGAACAAAUCUGAAAGCCAGGUUGCAGAUCCACCACUAGAAUUAUUAACUAUUUUACAGUUCUCUACCACUAGCAGAGAUAUCAAGAAAGGUGCUUUGCACAUUGAUUCAGCAAAGGUAAAUGAAAUUGCUCAUGAUGAGAAAUCUUGUGACAAAAACGUGGAAAAUUACCAAUCAGAACAUCAUGGUAGAAUUUCACCAGGUAGAGCGACUGGCCAGAGAAAUCCAACAAAUAUCACACCAGGAGGGGAAAAUACUCAGCAGAAUUUGCCCUCAAUUAAUGAUGACAUCACUUUGGAUAGAAGGUUGAAUAAAGAUAAUGUACAACAAAACAAUUCAGAGACUAUCCAAAUAUCAUCAGCAGCGGAUUCAGUGAUUGGGCAACAAGUUUCAACAAAUAUUCCACACAGGAGUAAAUAUCAGUUACUGAAUUAUUCACCAAACUGCCCAGCUGUCAUUGUGGACAGAGGAGGCAAUAAAUAUUUACAAAAGGACAACACUGGACCUAUACUGCCUGAUUCAUUGUCUGAACAACCGUCUCCUACAAAUACACAUAACAAAGUCAAGCCAUUGACCCAUUUCCCAAUCAGUGAUGACAACAAUCUGAGUGCAGAAGUUACCAAGAAUGCUGAAAAUUAUCAAUCUGAAGAAAACAGUUCGAUUCCAUCACCUGGUGCGCUAAUUGAUCAAAAGUCUCUUACUAAUUCACACAGCAACUUAGGCAAGCCAUUGACUCAUUCUUUGGAAAGCGGUGACAUAGAUAUAAAUAAGAACUUACAGAAGCACAAACCUGAAAUCAGCUGUGUCACUUCACCAGUCUAUCCCUUUAAUACCCAUCACUCUGCGGCAAAUGUUACAAAUGUGAAGAAAAAUACAUUGCAGCAUUACAUAACGAAGGUAACUGACAUCUAUCAUCGUAAGAGACCUUCUGGUAAAUUCAAAUUAAAUGCUUUGCAUAAAACAGAGAGUGCCCCCUCACCAUCAUCUGCAGUGACCAGCCAGUGGCUCCCUGAAAAUAUCUCUCAAAGCAGCAGCCAAGACAAAUCAAAGGCUCUUUUGCUGGUCAGAGAUGACACCAGUCUGUUGGUAAAUAGCAAAAAUAUAGAAAACUACCAAUCUGACAAAAGCAGCGCAGUUACAUCAGCAGAUAAAUUGAAUGGACAAUGGGCCCAUAAAAAUAUCACACAAGGCAGAAAAAAUACAUUACAGAAUUACUCCCUAAAUAUUGAUGGCAUCACUGUGGACAGAGAAGUUAAUAAUACUUGUGAUGUAGUAGAUACAUUUGAGACUAAGUAUGGGCCUUCAGCACUGAAUCAAGUAUCCAGCCAGUUAUCUCCUACAGACAUUGCACAUAGCAAUGAACACAAGCCAUUAAGUCAUUUGUUAAACAGUGCUGCUGUCACUGUAUACGGAGAAAGCCCGGACUAUUUGGAAAAGUGCAAAGCUGAAACUAAAAGUGUACUUUUGUCAGGAGAUGAAGUUGCUCAACAAAAAUCUCCUACAAGUACAACAUACAGCUACAAAGACAAGCCACUGAGUCACUCAUCAGUCAUGACUGAUGUCAGUGCAAUUAAUCAGGAUUAUAAUCAGGACAAAUUUAAGACAAGCCAUAUACUUGCAGCACUCGAUUCAGUAACCAGGCACCAUUCUUCUAAGAAUAUCACACAAAUCAGUAAAUGUAAGACACUGAGUUAUUCACUGAACUGUGCUACUGUCACUACAGAUACUGGAGUCAAUGAACAUUUAAAAAAGGACUCACCAGAAACUAACAAAAUUCCAGCAGUAGACUCACUAAGUGAAAUACAGUCCACAACCACUCUCACAGAUAUCAAGAAAGGUGCCUUGCUGAAUGGUCCAUCAAUGGUAACUGAGAUUGCUCAUGCUAAGAAGUCUUUUUGUGUGCUUACCUUUGAAAUAUCGGAUGAAACAAAUAGUGCACCCUCAUCCCCACCUCCAGUCACCAGUCAGUGUUUUCCUACAAUUCUGUCAUAUAACAACAAAAGCUAUUCGCAGUCUCAUUCCCCACUUAGUGGAGAUACCACGAUGGACAGGGGAUGUGUUGAGUAUUUACAAAAAGAAAACAGUGAUCUUUCAACACCAGAUUCAUUGACCGACCAACAGUUUCCUACAAAUAGCACAUGUGACGGCAUGAAUAAGUCACCCACUCAUUCUCUGCUCAUGGGUGGCAUCUUUGUGGCUCCAGGAAGUGUCAAUAAUUUAGAAAAUUACCAAUCAGAACAUCAUGGUAGAAUUUCACCAGGUAGAGUGGCUAGCCAGAGAAAUCCAACAAAUAUCACACCAGGAGGGGAAAAUACUCAGCAGAAUUUGCCCUCAAUUAAUGAUGACAUCACUUUGGAUAGAAGGUUGAAUAAAGAUAAUGUACAACAAAACAAUUCAGAGACUAUCCAAAUAUCAUCAGCAGCGGAUUCAGUGAUUGGGCAACAAGUUUCAACAAAUAUUCCACACAGGAGUAAAUAUCAGUUACUGAAUUAUUCACCAAACUGCCCAGCUGUCAUUGUGGACAGAGGAGGCAAUAAAUAUUUACAAAAGGAAAACACUGGACCUAUACUGCCUGAUUCAUUGUCUGAACAACCGUCUCCUACAAAUACACAUAACAAAGUCAAGCCAUUGACCCAUUUCCCAAUCAGUGAUGACAACAAUCUGAGUGCAGAAGUUACCAAGAAUGCUGAAAGUUAUCAAACUGAAGAAAACAGUUCGAUUCCAUCACCUGGUGCACUAAUUGAUCAAAAGUCUCUUGAUAAUUCACACAGCAACUUAGGCAAGCCAUUGACUCAUUCUUUGGAAAGCGGUGACAUAGAUAUAAAUAAGAAUUUACAGAAGCACAAACCUAAAAUCAGUUGUGUGACUUCACCAGUCUAUCCCUUCAAUACCCAACGCUCUGCUGUAAGUCUUACAAAUGUGAAGAAAAAUACAUUGCAGCAUUACAUAACGAAGGUAACUGACAUCUAUCAUCGUAAGAGACCUUCUGGUAAAUUCAAAUUAAAUUUGCAUAAAGCAAAGAGUGCCCCCUCACCAUCAUCUGCAGUGACCAGCCAGUGGCUCCCUGAAAAUAUCUCACAAAGCAGCAGCCAAGACAAAUCAAAGGCUCUUUCGCUGGUCAGAGAUGACAUCAGUCUGUUGGCAAAUAGCAAAAAUAUAGAAAACUACCGAUCUGACAAAAGCAGCGCAGUUACAUCAGCAGAUAAACUGAAUGGACAAUGGGCCCAUAAAAAUAUCACACAAGGCAGAAAAAAUACAUUACAGAAUUACUCCCUAAAUAUUGAUGGCAUCACUGUGGACAGAGAAGUUAAUAAUACUUGUGAUGUAGUAGAUACAUUUGAGACUAAGUAUAGGCCUUCAGCACUGAAUCAAGUAUCCAGCCAGUUAUCUCCUACAGACAUUGCACAUAGCAAUGAACACAAGCCAUUAAGUCAUUUGUUAAACAGUGCUGCUGUCACUGUAUACCAAGAAAGCCCUGACUAUUUGGAAAAGUGCAAACAUGAAACUAAAAGUGUACUUUUGUCAGGAGAUAAAGUUGCUCAACAAAAAUCUCCUACAAGUACAACAUACAGCUACAAAGACAAGCCACUGAGUCACUCAUCAGUCACGACUGAUGUCAGUGCAAUGAAUCAGGAUUAUAAUCAGGACAAAUUUAAGACAAGCCACAUACUUGCAGCACUUGAUCCAGUGACCAGGCACCAUUCUUCUAAGAAUAUGACACAUAGCAGUAAAUGUAAGACACUGAGUUAUUCACUGAACUGUGCUACUGUCACUGCAGAUACUGGAGUCAAUGAACAUUUAAAAAAGGACUCACCAGAAACAAACAAAAUUCCAGCAGUAGAUUCACUAAGUGACAGACAGUCCACGACCACAGAUAUUAAGAAAAAUACCAGGCAGAAUUAUUCAUCACAUCGUAGUGAAACCUAUCAAGAUAAAAUACCUUACAAACGGUUAAAGUUUAAAGAUUUACAUAAAACAAAUAAUGCACCCUCGUCCCCACCUAAGGUAACUGAACAAUGGCUUACCACUAAUAUCACUCACAACAAUCAAGACAAGUCAUCAACUCAUUCCACACUGAGUGGUGAAUUUAUAAUGAACAGAAGAAAUAAUAGUUAUUUACAGAAGUUCAACUCUGGAACUAACAAUGAAUUUUCAUUCUCGACUUCAUUGGCUGAACAACAGUCUCCUUUAAAUAUCAUAAAAAGCAAACAAGCCAAGUCACUGGCUCAUUCUCCAAAUAGAAGUGGCUUCAUAAUGGACUCAGCAGUUAGCAGGAAUCUACAAAAUGAUCAGCCUGAAAGCAACAGAAAAGCUUUCUUAUGGCCUGAUACAGACAUUGCAUGUGGCAAGAACACUAAGUUUCAGAAUUGGUUUCCAACCAGUAAUAUGUCUUUGAGUCUUCAACGUGGUGAUAAUAUGAAGCACUAUAAAUCAGAAACUGACAUUACUGUUUCAUCACUGGAUCUAUUGAUUGAUCAAGAAUCUUUUAUGGAUAUCACCUGCAGCAAGAAAAGUAAGUAUUCGAGACAGUCAACAAAAAGUAGAGGUACCCCUCCAGCCAGAGGAUUUUAUGGCAGCUGUGAACAAAUCAAUAAGGAUUCAAUCAACAACAUUUCUUCAUCACAUGAUUUGUCACCCACUCUUCUGUCUCCUGCUAAUAUUGUACAUAACAACAGGAAUGUAAUGUGUGACCAUUCAUCAAUUAGUGCUGACCUCUCUGCACAAGACCGUGAGAAUGCAAAAAAAGAUGGCAAAAUAUUCAGAUGUAAAAGGAAAUCAUUCGGUGGAGAAAUGGUUCAGAAUCAAACAUUUGGAACAUGGAUGAAAAAUACAAAUGGUUAUAACACACUGCAGCAAAGUUCUCCAGAGGAGAACCAAAUUGAUUCAGAUAUCACAGAGAUUAAUAACUUUCGGAAUCGGUUAAAUGCCUACAGUGAUUUUUCUCAAUACAGAGCAAGUUCCUCUAGUAUUGAUGAAGAUGAUACAGAAAACAAUAACUAUCAGGCAGGGACAGCCAGAUUCUCAAAAAAUUAUUUCAGGUUUACACGUUCUCUGAGAGCCAACCCUCAGGAUAUUCAAAAUAGGUGUGGUAAUAUGUAUAAGGCAAAAAGUUUGAAAGAUAUAAAUUCAGAUUACAACCAAUCCUCUCUCCAAGAUCAUGAACAUUUAUUUUCCACAAACAGUUUGCAUAAUUCUAAACUAACUGUUCGAAACAGACAAGUUCACCCAAGUCUCCAGUUUUCAAAUCGUAUAAAAUCUAGCAGACUUUAUCGAUCUUAUUCUGAUCUCCCUUUUUCUAAUCGGAAUGAGUCUGACUCUCACAAUUGGACUUCAUACCAUGGCAGUAAAUUCAGUGAGUUAGUAAUUGGAAAUGAUGACACAAGAAAUGUUUCUAAAGAAGAGAAAAGGAAAGAAACACAUCUUGAGAACCUGAAUAGAGUAUUGGUAGUGGACAGAUUGUGGAAACCUGGAUAUCUUCACAAGGAAGCCUCAUCUCUGAGAAGUGAGGAUAUUUUCAAUCCAUGUACCAGUGGAGUAAACCAGGAUCCAGGGGUGAAUGAUGAUCCAGAACAGAAUGAUGAGUAUUUUCCUGUAGACAUUAAGAUAUUCUGGCCCAAGGAAAAUCCCACAGAUAUAAUAAGACUUUUGAGUUCAUCAUCCACAGGGAGUAAAAUAUCAGAAGACAGUCUUUCACCACAGCAUCACCGUACACCAGCUGUGUUUGGCAAACAGAAUCUCUCUAGUUACUCUGAUACAAACUCAGACACUACUACUGAUGAUGAGUACUUCUUGGAUGGCAAUGAAACUGUAAAGGAAUCUGCAUUAUAAUACUGUUCACCAUAUAUAAUUCUGAAUGGCAGUGUAUUUUACUGAUUUGUAGCAAAUCAUGUUUUAUGAUCCUUGUUGUUGGUAGUCAUAGUCUUCCCAAUAUGUGUUAAUAUGCUGUCAAGUAUGCUACUAAAAUAUUUAGUAGUAUUGAUAUUAUUUGUCUGCGUUUUCAAAAUUUAUACCACAGUUGUCCCUUUCCCUUCUUUUUGUCAGUUAUUUGACACAUUUUCCAAGGUGGGACCCAACUGUUUUAUUGUUAGAAACAUUUAUGUUUUACUCUUAUGUUUUUUAAGUAGACUUAAUUCAUACCCUUAUGCUGAAUAGUGAUACAAAAUGUAUAUUUUAUUGCAGUUUUGUAUAAUUCUAUCAAUAUGCACAAAAGGCCAUCUACUCUAUAAGCAUAAAUACAUGGGUUUUGGUUAAAAAAUUAUAGGUUAACAUUUUGUGUAAGAUCUUUUUGUCAGGUUUCUAAUGAAGGAUCUCAUCUGUAACACUAACCUAUCUUUAUCUUUCAAAUACUGAUGGACAUGUUGUGCAAGUCUUUUCUGUUCUCAUGUUUUCAUCUUCUGCAAUUUUCUUUUUUUAUUAUAUGUGAUUUCAAGUCUACUUUGCUCUAAAUUCUAUGAUCUUCAAAAAUAUAUUUAAGGGGCAAGCCAACACGUUUUGCAAUAGAACAUGCUGCUUGUUUGAUCAUAGGUUUUACACAGUAUGUAUAAAUAAUACUGUCCACGAAAUACAUGUUAAAAUAGUCAGAUAGGAAAUUAUGCUGCUAAUAAAAUGGUGUCAUUAUUUUUGCAUUUGUAUAAACUUCCAAAUGUUUGAGCCAUGAACAAAGUACUUGUAUCAUAGAAAGUAUGCACUUUUUCUUUGCGUAUUUUCCUAUAUAUAAGUUAUACAUAAAUAAAGACAUGCAACAC